AUGGCUCAACAUGCCGAAGCAUACCAUAAAGUCAUGCAGGCUCUUGGCUACAACGAAUACGAGAAGCGGCCCGUCCAGAGCUCUUCGCUCGCGUCAAAGCGACGCCGCUUUCCGAAAAAAGAGCUGGCUGGCCUAGCCCGUACCGCACACUUCUUCAAAGAAGAGCACGGCUACCUCCCAACAAUCUACGCGCCCCCUCACGAUAGGGUACUCCCUGCAAGAUAG